AUCCGCUUGAAUUUGAUUACUGUCAUUCAGUGUUAGGUGUUCUGUGGCUGAGAUGGUACUGUCAUGAUGACGGGUGGAUGACAGGAGCUCAAAUAUGCACCCUAUUUAAUAAAGUCCAGCUGCCCUUGGGAAAAUAUUGAUUUUCAACUCAGAUUUUCAUGUCUUGUCUGAGUCUGCAUUGCAGUGCUGCUACACGAUAUUCUAAACGACAUUAUUAACAUCAUUUUAGAUAAAACAUGGCUGUCUUCAAAGUUGCUAAAUGUCCAACUGACGAACUUUCACUCUCAAACUGUGCCGUCGUAAAUGAGGCCGAUUUUCCAAAUUCAAAACACAUCAAGAUACACACUGGAGGAGGCCAGAAUUUCGUGUUUUCCAUAAAAAGUCAUCCAAGUAUAGCAAGGUACACAGUUGGGUUCAGUCUUCCUCAGAGGAAAUGGGCUGUACUUUCACUUAAUCAAGAGAUCAAUGUUGAGCCUUAUCAUCCUGAAGAAUACAUAUCCUCCAUUGUUUUGGAGGCAGAUUUCAUGCAAAAAAGACGUACUUCACAAGAGCAGUAUGACACAGAUGAGAUGGCUAAAGAAUUCCUCUAUUCUUUUCCAAACCAGAUGUUUACUGUUGGACAACAGUUAGCAUUUGCUUUCAAGGACAAAAAACUACUGUUGUUGGUGAUUAAAGAUAUUGAAGUUGUUGACAUAUCAGCAAUAAAAUCUGGUGGAGAUGCCAAGCCUAGGAAAGCAAAAAUUGGUCAACUUAUUCCCAAUACACUAGUGCAGUUUGAGAAAGCAGAGAAUUCAUCUUUGAAUUUAGUUGGAAAGUCAAAAGGGAAAGUGGUUCGUCAGUCCAUCAUCAAUCCUGACUGGGACUUCCAGAAGAUGGGCAUAGGUGGUUUAAGCAAUGAAUUCAAUGCUAUCUUCAGAAGAGCAUUUGCCUCCAGGGUUUUUCCACCUGAAAUUAUUGAGCAGUUGAACUGCAAGCAUGUUAAAGGAAUUCUGCUGUAUGGUCCACCUGGCACUGGUAAAACACUGAUGGCAAGACAGAUUGGCAAAAUGUUGAAUGCUAGAGAACCAAAAAUCGUGAAUGGCCCCCAAAUUUUGGACAAAUAUGUCGGCGAAUCAGAAGCUAAUGUUAGAAGGUUGUUUGCUGAUGCAGAAGAAGAAGAAAAGAGGGCAGGUCCAAACAGUGGUCUACACAUAAUAAUUUUCGAUGAAAUCGACGCUAUAUGUAAACAAAGAGGAUCCGUAGCAGGCAACACUGGAGUCCAUGAUACUGUAGUGAAUCAACUGCUGUCAAAAAUUGAUGGCGUUGAACAGCUAAACAACAUUCUAGUCAUUGGCAUGACAAAUAGGAAGGACAUGAUAGACGAUGCUCUACUGAGACCUGGACGAUUAGAAGUACAAGUUGAAAUCAGCCUUCCUAAUGAAGAUGGUAGAUUACAGAUUCUAGAGAUACACACUGCUAGAAUGAAACAGUAUAAGAAAAUGGGCGCAGACGUAGACUUAAGGGAGCUGGCAGCACUAACAAAGAACUUUUCUGGAGCAGAAUUGGAAGGUUUGGUGCGAGCAGCACAGUCAACAGCUAUGAACAGGUUGAUCAAAGCAUCUAGUAAGGUAGAAGUGGAUCCCGAAGCUAUGGAGAAAUUGCUAGUUGGUAGAGCUGAUUUCUUGCAUGCUCUGGAACACGAUGUCAAACCAGCAUUUGGCACAGCUCAAGAAAUUAUCAACCAGUUCUUAUCCCGGGGUAUUAUUAACUGGCUGCCGAGGGUUCAGGUAGUUUCAAUUCAAAAUCAAAAUAUUAUCAUAAAGUUGUUAAAAAAUUUGGAAUAUUUCAUAUUGGUUUCUGUGCUGCUUGAAGGCCCGCCCAAUGCAGGCAAAACUGCGCUAGCUGCUCAACUUGCAAAAAAUUCUGACUAUCCAUUUGUCAAAGUCUGUUCUCCAGAAGAAAUGGUCGGAUUCACUGAAACUGCCAAAUGCUUGAGCAUAAGAAAGAUAUUUGAUGACGCGUAUAGGUCCACUCUAAGCUGUAUUUUGGUAGAUAAUAUUGAAAGACUACUGGAUUAUGGACCAAUUGGCCCGAGAUAUUCGAAUUUGACUCUCCAAGCGUUGCUUUUAUUACUUAAAAAACAACCGCCACCUGGUAAAAAGCUUCUGGUACUGUGCACAUCGAGUAGAAGACAAGUGCUUGAAGAAAUGGAAAUGCUCUCAGCAUUCACAGCUGUCCUUCACGUCCCAAAUUUGUCAAAAGCAGAGCAUCUAUUGAAUGUCCUGGAAGCAUCAGAUGUUUUCUCGAAUCAAGAAUUGAAACAGAUUGCUCAUCAGGUUCAUGGAAAGAGGUAUUUGAGUACUUUUCACUAUUAUUCAAAAAGGUUAUCUUAUCCUAUAGAUCAAACUGUUCCUCUAAUACUCCUAUGAGGUCUGUAAAUGAAGUGUGAGACUGUUUUUUUCCAUUUUUAUUAAAAUAUAAUUACAAUUUUAUAUUGUCUCCAUCAAAAUCACUUUCUUUUGAAGCCACACAGUGCUGAAG